AUGACUACAACCACGUGGACCCCAAAUCCAUCAAGCUUGACGGUGAUACUACGCACAUCUGCGCACGUUAGCACCUACCCCUACGACCCCACUACUAUACACCUCAACAUUUUGUCCCUCACUGGUUACAGCUCCACUACCAGAGUAAGAGCAUCUCUAUUCUCUGCCUCUGAUAACCUCUUCCAAGUCCCAAAUUCAUUUCAAUCUCAAAUCAUCUCUCAUUGCACUUGGAUUGGAUUAAAAGAUCAAAGGUCUCAAAUGGAAGCGAACAGAAUAACCACGACCACCCAUUGGUGUUACACUUGCAGGCAAUUAGUCACUCUCACAACCCAAACCAGAGUUUGUUGUGAAUGUGAAGGAGGCUUCGUUCAAGAGCUUGAAAAUAUCCUAACCACAACCACCACCAAUGUGGAAGAACAAAACCGUAACUCAGGCAUCAUGGAAACCCUCUCAAACUUUUUCCGGCGACAAGAAACACAAUCCAACCACCGUGAUCAACAAGACAUGGUCGCUGAAGACAACAACAUUAACAGCACGUGGGGCCCGUGGCCUAUUUUCUCCGGUGACAUGCCGGUCAGAAUCCCCAACAAUGGCGGUCUUUUUGAGCUUUUCAAUGAAGUGCUCGGACUCCGGCGAGAAAACGGUGCGGACAUCUUUGUGGGCCCCGGAGUCGAAGAAUUCUUCCAACAGUUGAACAGUCAUGAUUCCGAUGUUCCUCCACCACCUCCAAAGUUAUCAAUCGAUGCAUUGCCAACUGUUAAAGUUUCAAAGAAAGACAUUCGGUCUGAUUCCCAUUGUGCAGUUUGUAAAGAGAAGCUCAUAUUGGGGUCUAGUGCCAAGAAGUUGCCAUGUAAACAUUUGUACCAUUCCGGGUGUAUUGCACCUUGGUUAGCUCAGGUGAACUCAUGCCCGGUUUGCCGCCGCGAAGUGGUGGCAGGUGGUGGCAGCAGGAGGCGGAGCCGAGUAUGGCAUAGUCGGUUGUCUUUCUUGUGGCCUUUUGGAUCACAAUCUUGAACUUGUUUGCAACUUUGCAUCCACUUUUUUUGUCUUUGUUAAUUGUGCAUCUACAAAACUCGGGCAUAAAGAUCGGUUGAAGUUGGUUGUUU